AUUGAGAAUGAGAAUGAGAGUGAGUGAGUGUCUUAAUUAAAAAUCUUCAUCUCUCUUCAGUUGUCCAUUUUUCCAUUUCUGAAUCCUUCUCUGUUGUUUUUCUUCCUCAAUUUCACUCCAAAAAGGGAAUAAGCAAACCCUAAAUUACUUCUCUGCCGCCGCACCAGUCAGCUCAUGAUCACCACCAUUCUCUGCAGCAAAAAUGAGCUCAAAUUUCGAAUUGUACCCUGUCAGUCAUAAACGACCUAGAUUUUCUAUUGAUGGAAAAUAUGAAAAUGGAACAACUUUCAAUUCCAGUAUGGGUGAUGACACUGUGUUGAAGAAACCAAAACCACCUACUUCUCCGAAAGUAGUUGAUUUUUCUGAUCCCUUUGCUAUUCAAAGGAUGAUUGAUCGGUUAGAUUGUGGUAAGUUUGGAAGUGUCACAAAAGAUAUAGAAGCCCUUUUUGCUCCAAAGAUGCAAACUUUGUACCCAUAUUUUGAAAAGUAUCCAACACUUAUUAAUCAGUUCUUUGAUGCGAAGAAGAACAAUGUUGAUGAUGACGGGGCUACUAAGUUGGCAAAUCAACAAUUGACUCCGUUGGCAAUAACGUGUGGCAAUGUCAUUGAUUUGGAGGAUGACUGUGAAACAAAUGGUAAACCAACAACAUCAUUGGCUAUCAUAAAUAUUGAUUCUGACGAGGAAGACAAACAAGAACAGGCACCUUCUUAUCAUUUUCUAAAUGUUGCCUUGAAUAACACAACUGGAGAAAUUGUGACAAAGGAAAUUGUUACAAGGGAAAUAGAGGUCAGGAAUCUUACAGAUAGAAAAGAUGUAGAAGAUGUUAACUGUAAUGGGAGAACUGAUGCUGAAAUUAAGAAGGAUAGUGGUGUUUAUCUUGGUGUAGAUGAUGAUGGUGAUGAUGACAGUAUUCCUGAGGAUGAUGGGCUUGGAAAUAUUUGGAAUGAAAUGUCAAUGGCGUUAGAAGUUUCCAAGGAUGUUGCUACAGAUCCUUCAUCAGGUGAACAAGUGAAAGAAGAUGAGGAAGGCUGUGAUCAUUCUUUUAUAUUAAAGGAUGAUCUUGGGUACGUUUGCCGGGUUUGUGGAGUUAUUGACAAAGCAAUCGAAAAAAUAUUUGAAUUCCAGUACCUGAAGGUGAAAAGUUCUCGAACUUACGUGACUGACUCUCGAAGAUCAAAAGACAGAGAAUCAGCUGGAAUAGAUGGGCUUAACUUGUCUGAUGAUGAUUUGAUAAUCGAGGAACUGCAUGCCCACCCCAGGCAUAUGAAGCAAAUGAAACCUCACCAAGAGGAGGGUUUCGAUUUUCUCAAGAGCAAUUUGGUGGGUGCUAAUCCUGGGGGUUGCAUCUUGGCCCAUGCACCUGGAUCAGGAAAGACAUUCAUGAUCAUCAGUUUUAUUCAAAGUUUUCUUGCCAAGUAUCCGAGUGGCAGACCCCUAGUUAUUCUUCCCAAAGGAAUCCUGAGCACAUGGAAGAAAGAGUUCCAGAUUUGGCAGGUAGAGGAUUUUCCAUUAUUUGACUGUUAUUCUGUGAAAGCAGAUAACCGAACCCAGCAAUUGGAGGUUUUGAAACAGUGGGUAGAAAAGAAAAGCAUCCUUUUCUUGGGUUACAAACAGUUUUCGUCAAUUAUUUGUGAUCUAGAAAACAGUGAGGCAUCAAUUUCGUGUCGUGAGAUAUUGCUUAGGGUUCCAUCAAUUCUUAUUCUCGAUGAAGGACAUACCCCAAGAAACGAGAAUACAGAUGUGCUGCAAUCUCUUGCCAAGAUACAGACACCCAGAAAAGUUGUGCUUUCAGGAACACUUUAUCAGAACCACGUCAAAGAGGUGUUCAAUGUCUUGAAUCUUGUUCGACCGAAGUUUUUGAGAAUGGAAACAUCUCGUCCAAUCGUCAAGCGCAUCAUGAGUAAAGUUGAUAUAUCGAGUUUUAGGAAGAACAUCAAAAAAACUGGUGGUGAUGGGGCUUUCUAUGAUAUAGUGGAGGGUACUCUGCAGAAAGAUACAGAUUUCAGAAGGAAAGUGUCGGUUAUACAAGAUCUGCGUGAAAUGACUAGCAAAAUCCUUCACUACUAUAAAGGUGACUUUCUGGAUGAGCUACCUGGAUUAUUAGAUUUCACAGUAGUACUUAACCUCAGCACUAAACAGAAACGCGAAGUUGGAAAAAUAAAGAAGUUAUCAAGAAAGUUCAAAGCUAGCUCGGUUGGAAGUGCUGUUUAUCUGCAUCCCAAGUUACAAUCAUUUUCUGAUAAUUGGACUGCAAGUGAUGCCAAGAUGGAUGAGUUGCUAGAAAACUUGGACUUAGAAGAUGGAGUAAAGGCGAAAUUUUUCCUAAAUAUGCUAAGUUUGUGCGACGCUAAUCAGGAGAAGCUAUUGGUUUUCAGUCAGUACCUAGUGCCUUUGAAGUUUUUAGAGAGAUUAGCUACAAAAGCGAAGGGUUGGUGUACUGGAAGGGAAAUCUUUGUCAUCUCAGGUGAUACAAAUAGCGAGCAACGAGAGUGGUCUAUGGAACGCUUCAACAACUCCUCAUCAGCCAAGGUUUUCUUUGGUUCAAUCAAAGCUUGUGGAGAGGGAAUUUCUCUGGUUGGAGCAUCAAGAAUUAUAAUUCUAGAUGUUCACUUAAAUCCAUCAGUCACCCGUCAAGCAAUUGGGCGUGCAUUUCGUCCAGGGCAGAAAAAGAAAGUGUUCACGUACAGAUUGGUUGCUGCUGACUCACCCGAAGAGGAAGACCACGAAGCUUGUUUCAAAAAGGAAUUGAUCUCGAAGAUGUGGUUCGAAUGGAAUGAAUAUUGUGGGUAUCAGGAUUUCAAAGUACAGCCUGUCGAUGUCAAGGACUGCGACGAUGAAUUCUUGGAAAACAGUCAGGCCCUGGCGGAAAAUGUAAAGGCUCUGUACAAAAGGUAGAAUGUACAAAAGUGAGAGACUCUAGUUUAAGACUUGAGGUAGUUUCUAAUUUCAGUUCACUAACUUGGAAUAAAAUUGUAAAUGAGUUUUAAUAGUUGAAUGUUAUUGAAGUGUUGAAACAUUAUCCACUUGCAAUGUGAUGUUGAAUUGGUUUUUUCAACUUAAUGGAAUCACACUACUUUGCAACAA